ACGCCGUCUCGUUCUCCUCCCUUUCCUUACUGCACUUUUUAAAACUUUCUUCAGUUAUUCAGCUCCUCCCUCUCUUUUCUUCUCCAUUUCCCGAUACCUCAGCACCGCCGGUCGCCCCCCGAGUUUCACCGUAAAGCUGUUAAUAGAAGGUAGUUAAGGAAACAAUGAUCUAUACGGCGAUUGACAACUUCUACUUAACAGAUGAGCAGCUGAAGAACUCACCUUCAAGGAAAGAUGGCAUAGAUGAAGCAACUGAAACUACACUAAGAAUCUAUGGCUGUGAUCUCAUCCAAGAAAGCGGAAUUUUACUUAAACUACCUCAAGCUGUCAUGGCCACCGGCCAGGUUCUAUUCCAUCGUUUUUAUUGCAAGAAGUCAUUUGCCCGCUUUGAUGUCAAGAUAGUUGCGGCUAGCGCUUUGUGGCUUGCAACAAAACUAGAGGAAAGCCCUAGGAGGGCAAGGCAAGUAAUCAUAGUUUUCCACAGAAUGGAAUGUAGGAGAGAGAACUUACCCCUAGAGCAUUUGGACCUAUAUUCGAAGAAAUUUUCAGACUUGAAAGCAGAAUUGAGCAGAACAGAAAGACACAUAUUGAAAGAGAUGGGUUUUGUUUGUCAUGUUGAGCAUCCUCAUAAGUUCAUAUCAAACUACCUUGCUACCCUUGAAACCCCUACUGAGUUGAGGCAGGAAGCAUGGAAUCUAGCUAAUGAUAGUUUACGUACAACAUUGUGUGUUCGAUUCAAGAGUGAGGUUGUGGCUUGUGGUGUUGUAUAUGCUGCAGCUCGUAGGUUCCAAGUACCCCUUCCUGAGAACCCACCAUGGUGGAAGGCAUUUGAUGCUGAGAAAUCUGGGAUUGAUGAGGUUUGUAGGGUUCUGGCUCAUUUGUACAGCCUUCCCAAGGCACGAUACAGCCCUGUCUGUAAGGAUGGAAAACCAUUUACAUUUUCCACCAAGUCUGCAGAUUCACAAUCUCAUCUAAUUUCGAAGGAAGUUCCACUUAGCCCACCAGCUAAUAAUAAUGCCAAUGCUUCCAACACCACUGUAGCAGCAGCAGAUCUGGAAACUGGUGGAUCCAAAGAAGUUAAGGUUAAGAUGGCUCUUGACAAGCUGAAAGAAUCUAAGCAGAGUGAUGAUGAAUCCAAGAGCAUGCCUACUGAGGGUGAUGCAAGAGAAGAGCCUAGGCAUAAAUCCAAGUCUGAGCAGAGGACACAAUCGGGUGGGGAAAAGAGCAAGGAGAGGGACAGGGAAAGGGAAAAGGAAAGGGAGAGGGACAGAGAAAGGGAUAGGGAGAGGGCAAAGGCCCGGGAUCGUGACAGGGGCAGAGAUUCUGAUAGGGAACGAGAGCGAGAUGAGACUGAAAGGGACAGAGAUAAGGUCAAGGAUCGAGGUCAUCGCUCAAAGGAUAGAACAAAGGAUUCAGAAAAAUCAAGGCACCACUCAUCACGUGAUCGUGAUUAUCGUGGCUCAUCUUAUUCUUCAAGGGAGAAGGAUCGUCAUAGACAUCACUCGUAUGCUUAAAAAAAUCUUCAAGGUGUGGUACCUUUGUUACCAGAAUCACAUACUGGGUUCGUUCACUAUGUGUAAUCUGCAGAAAUGAAAGUUAACACAAAUUACUGUAAUAGAUUUGGAGUCAAAUAUCUGCACUCGUCAAUCCUAAUUCAUUAUGGAAACAGUGGCUUUCACAUUCCUUUUACGCAACAUCUUCCUGGUUCCCUUGCAACUAAUAAUAGCUUUUGCCAGACCUUGAAAGUAGAAAGUUUCCAAGAUAUAUUGUUAUUUUAAGUCGAUCACACCCUUGUGUACCUCAGGCUAAGAGUUGCCAGGUUGUGGAGGUGCACUCACUGCAAGCAUCAAAUUUUGCAUGACAUGAGUGAUUCAGCACAUCCAGCAGGGUGGGGUACCUUGAUAUCCUGCUAGGUCGGGCCAGCUUGGCUACUCGUGAAG